AUGCUAAUCAUCGUGGUUGACCUUGAUUGCCACAAGUGCUACCACAAGAUCCGCAAGAUUCUCUGCCAGCUCCAAGACCAUGAGAUGAUCCGGACGAUCUCCUUCGACAACAAGAGCAAGACGAUCACCAUCGUGGGGCCGUUCGACCCACAGCGGCUCGCCUGCAAGCUCCGCUGCAAGGGCGGCAAGGUGAUCAAGGACGUCCACAUCAUCGACACCAAUGGCGGCAGUGGGAAGCCUCCUCCGGAGAACAUGCUAGACGGGCCAACCGCGCCGGCGUCAGCGCCAGUGAGGAACGGCAAGAAAACGAAAAAGGAGAAGCAGCCGCCGCCACCACAUCCCACUGAGCGGCCUCCGCCGCCUCCGCCGCCGGAGCAGGCACCGGGACCUCCGCUCGAGACGAUGAUGCCGCCUCCGUCAUCCCCGGUGUUGGGACACUAG